CUUUUGAUGGGACUUCAUAAAACUCCCUUCUCAAGGGGUUGGAUUCAUCACAUCGUUGCAUUCUCCCGAUAGAGGAAGAAGAAGUUGAAACGAGAUGGCGCGAAUGAUUCUUGUAAGUGUUCUUGUAGUUCUUGGACUGGCGGCAGGUCAGGACAGCCCAUCCCCCGAUGCCCUUGCAGCCUUGCUCGCUCAACUUCAAGCUGGUGGCAACGGGGAUGGCUCUGAUCUCCUUCAUCUUCUGGGACAGACUGGGCAGCACAGAGAAGCGUUGACACAGCCGAAUGUCAUCCUCUUCAUCGCUGAUGACAUGGGAGUCGGUGACCUGUCCGUCUAUGGUCACCCCACCCAGGAACCAGGCUUCAUCGAUCAGUUGGCCAACCAGGGAAUGAGGUUCACCAACGGAUAUGUUGGAGACUCGGUAUGCACUCCAAGCAGGUCCGCCAUAGUUACAGGUCGUCUACCUAUUCGAACCGGUGUCUACGGGGAGGAGCGUAUUUUCCUACCUUGGACAGUAACUGGUCUCCCUGAAUACGAAGUGACCAUUGCCGAAGCAAUGAAGCAGGCUGGAUACACCACUGGCAUGGUUGGAAAAUGGCAUCUUGGAAUCAACCAAAACACAAGCGAUGAUGGCGCUCAUCUUCCCUACAAUCACGGCUUCGAUUUUGUCGGUCACAACCUUCCCUUCGGCAACAGCUGGCGAUGUGAUGAUACUGGGCUUCACCAAGACUUUCCCGAUCCUAACGCUUGUUUCCUCUAUUACAACGCAACCUCAGUGGCUCAACCAUUCCAACACAAGGGACUCACUCAGCUCAUCCGUGAUGAUACCAUUGGUUUCAUUGAAGACAACAUCAACAAUCCAUUCUUCAUGUACGUUGCCUUCGCCCACAUGCACACCAGUCUCUUCUCCAGUGAUGACUUCGCAUGCACCUCACGUCGAGGACGCUAUGGAGAUAAUCUCCGUGAAAUGGACCAAGCUGUCGAGCAGAUCGUCACAACUCUUGUCGACAACGGCAUCGAUGACAACACCGUCGUCUUCUUCAUCUCUGACCACGGUCCACAUCGCGAGUACUGUGGGGAAGGUGGUAACGCCAAUGUAUUCAGAGGUGGUAAGUCUCAAUCAUGGGAAGGAGGACACCGUAUCCCUUACAUCGUCUACUGGCCUGGAACCAUUACCCCUGGUGUCUCGCACGAGCUGGUAACAUCCAUGGAUGUCAUCGCAACUGCUGCCGAUCUUGGCGGUACAGAGCUACCAACAGACCGUAUCUACGACGGCAAGAGUAUCAAGGAUGUUCUUCUGGAUGGUUCUGCAUCUCCCCAUGAAAACUUCUUCUACUACUGCAAAGAUACCAUGAUGGCCGUCCGCGUCGGAAAGUACAAGGCACACUUCAGGACCCAAGGGGAAAGCAGCCUGGUGGAACUUGGUGCGAAGUGCGACAGCGGGUUCCCUCUGGAAGACUACUUCGAGUGUGACGUGUGUGAAGGUGAGUGCGUAACAGAGCACAACCCCCCACUGCUCUUCGACCUCGAGAAGGACCCCGGUGAAGCCUUCCCUCUUGGACCUUGCGGAUACGAAGAUGUCCUUCUCAUGGUCAAGGAAGCCGUCAACCAGCACAACACAGAGCUCGUGAAGGGAGUUCCCGUCCUGGAUCACUUCAAUUUCGACCUCAUUCCUUGCUGCAACCGAGAAACCAACUGCGUGUGUAACUACGAGCACGAGCCCGGUGUCGCCGAAUGUUACGAGGAUCUUAUCAAGGUUGCCCUGCGUAAUGGAGUGCCUUAAAUUCGCUCCACCAGGGAUGGCAAAAUGAAUGAUUUUGUUCCCUUGUAUCAUUUCUACCAGUCUAUACAUACAUUCUUUAUUAUCUAGUGCCUUCCCUCUAUUCUGUUCUAUUCCCAAUAUCAAGAUAUUUAACUCGGUGCCCUGGGGGCCACUUACAUUGACGAGUGGAUACCAUGCGCGACCAAAAAAAGACGUAAAAAGGAUGUCUUUUUCACGA